AUAUACGAUCAGACAUUGUAAGAUAUCGAUGAGAAUAAUCACAUUAUAGAAUGUUAUGUUAAUAAAAACAAGCGAGUUUCGGAUGCAGGUUCUCAGUAGCUAAAGCCUUUCGCUAACACCGGGUAGCUAACAUUGCAUCAUUUACUGCGUACAAUGUUCGAGCUGUUGUUUAUUUUCAUUACAACUUCCACUCUUUUUUAUUACUAUCUCAGUUAUCGUCGGUCACGAAAACGUCUAUAUGAGCUGGCCGCGCAAAUUCCAGGCCCCUUCGAUUGGCCUCUGAUCGGUUCUGCGUACCUGGGAAUCACAGUAGGACCUACGAAAAUGUGCGAUUUUUUGGUACAAAUGUUGCAUACGCUUUCGUCGCCUCUGCGUGCCUGGAUUGGGCCGCUUCUGUUCGUCUUCUUCGACAAACCUGAACACCUGGAAGUGAUUCUAAACUCUCAGAGCUGCGUCAGCAAAUCCUACGUACACAGAUUUUUCCGUUUCGAGUAUGGAUUGCUGCACUGCGCUCCUGAGCUUUGGAGAGUUCUGCGUAAACGGUUGAAUCCUUCGUUUUCUUCGACUACUAUUAAAAAUUUCGUUCCGACAUUCAACGUUCAGGCAGACAAGUUGGUUCAAUACUUCGAGGCAUUCGUUGACCGAGAAGCUAUUGAUUUGCUGCCGAAAGUGAGCAGUUAUACACUUUCGGCCGCCUUGCUUAACUUAUUUGGAGUGAAUGUGCGAGUAAAUGAUACUGAAUACAUCGAACAGUUUGCUGAAAAUGCAGAAAAGAUGUGGCUGCUCAUGUUCGACCGAAUCUACAAACCGUGGUAUUAUCCUGAUUUCGCAUAUAAACUAACGCCCAGUUAUAGAAAGGAAAAGAAACGAAUACAUAAACUGCAACAGCUAUCAAUUGAGGUAUGUACGGCACGUGAAUCGAUGAGACUCAAACCCAAACAAUAUCAGUCAGAUAAAACUGUACCGAUGCCAGAAAUAUUGAUCGAACGCUUAGAACGUAUCACGUUCGAAACCAAUGAAAUCAACGAAGACAUUAUGUUGCAAAAUGUGCAUACUUUCCUGUUUGCUAGCAACGAUACCACAUCCAACGUUAUUGCCACAACCUUGCUGAUGAUGGCCAUGUAUCCCGAUGUGCAGGACCGGGUGCACAAGGAGGUAACACACUCAGUCUCAAAUGACGUGAUCACCAUCGACGAUUUGCCCUCGCUUCAAUAUCUAGAAAUGGUGAUUAAAGAAUCGUUGCGGCUUGUGCCAGUUGCGUCGAUCAUUGGUCGUAUUUGCGAGCGGGAGUUGCAGGUCGACAAUUGGACAAUACCGGUUGGAACGGAAGUUUUUAUUCCUAUCUUGAAACUACAUCGCGACAAAUCGAUUUGGGGCCAACAUUCGGAGAGGUUUGAUCCGGACAAUUUUCUGCCGGAGCGAUGUGCAAAACGACAUCCCUAUGCGUAUCUUCCCUUUGGUGGUGGAAUUCGGAACUGUAUAGGAAUGCGGUAUGCGUGGAUGUCCAUGAAAAUAGCGCUUGCAAAAUUAAUUCGAAUGUAUGAAUUUUCGACGGAGUUGAGGUUGGAAGAUAUAAAAUUAAUACCUUCUCUUGUUUUACUCGUAGCAAAUAGACAUAUGAUGCGAAUAAAACGACGAAAAUUGCGAUAAUGUAGUGA